AUGGCUCCCUCGUUGGCGGAUCCUGUCCUCGCCCAGGAUCUGGCAUCUAUCUCCCUCACCAAGAAACAGACCGUUGCUGGCAACAAGUUUGGUUAUCAACCCGGAAGGACGACUGUGGAAAAUCACGAUAACUACGCAUACAAGGACUUGCUGCCGUCGUUCCCAGACAUUCAUUGGGAGCCCCUGGAAGAGAUCCCCCACGAAGAUAGGGGUAUCCAUGGAGACCCCAAUUUCCGGCGUCUUCUCCAAGAUGCGACAGAUGUAUUCGACUACACCCCAAAGAUCGGCACAGAAGUUCAUGGAGUCAACCUCGCCAAGUUGACGGACGCGCAGAAGGAUGACCUUGCUCGCUUGGUCGCUGUUCGUGGCGUGGUCUUCUUCCGUGGUCAGGACGAUUUGGACAUUGACGCUCAGCGGGACCUAGGCAGACAUUUCGGAAAGUUGCACAAGCAUGCCACCACUGCUGUUCCUCGAAAGGAAGGGUUGGAGGAUAUCCACGUGGUCUAUGCCGGCGACAAUGCUACCGACCAGCGCGCGAUGUUUACCCCCAGCUUCCUGUGGCACUCUGAUGUAACCUACGAAGUUCAACCUCCAUCUUACACAUCCCUCAAGGUUCUGACCGGUCCCCCUCGGGGAGGCGGUGGCGAUACUCUCUGGACCUCUCAGUAUGCAGCAUACGAUGCACUUUCUCCUCACAUGCAAACGUAUCUCAAGGGCUUGACAGCGUUGCACUCCGCUGAAAUGCAAGCAUCUGACUCCAGAGCUCUUGGACGAACUGUUCGACGGGAGCCUGUCACCACGGAGCACCCGUUGAUCAGAACCAACCCAGUCACUGGCUGGAAUAGUCUCUUCUUCAAUCCUGGUUUUGUCACCAAGAUUGUCGGCAUUCCCAAGACUGAGAGUGAUGCUAUCAUCCGCUAUCUCACGGAAAUCAUUGCAACAACGCAGGAGAUGCACGCUCGCUUCCAGUGGAACAAAAAUGAUGUGGCCAUUUGGGACAACCGAACAACGAAUCAUUCGGCUUCUUACGGGUUCGCACCUCACCGACGUCAUGCUGUUCGAGUCGCUUCCCAUGCUGAGCGCCCGGUCUUGGACUCAGCAGGAAAGUCGCAGGAGGAAGAAUACAUUGCUCGCUACAACCUGCCUCCUGUGAACAAGGAUGGCUCUCGUCAGUCUAACUAUAACGACUGA